AUGCCUGACCCUGACCUUCUCCCUCCUGCCCCACCUCUUGCCAUCCUAAACUGCUCCUCUCCUAACUGUACCCUUGCCAACUUUUCAGCAUUUCAUGGUAAUGGGUGCCAUGACGACAAGCCCUUAUUUGUGACGCUUGCUGUGGCCUACAGUGCUGUAGCCUUGCUGGGAGUGACUGGUAACUUGGUAUUGAUUGUUGUGAUCUGGCGCCAACGCGAACUCUCCAACGCCACCAGCGUGCUUAUUGCCAAUCUGUCAGCCUCCGACUUGCUGAUGGCACUUGUCUGCUUGCCCGUAACAUUCGCCUACACAUUCAUGGACCAUUGGCCAUUUGGUAGUGCCAUGUGCAAGAUCAACAGCCUAGCCCAAUGCACCUCUGUCUCUGUCUCCAUCUUUUCCCUUGUUCUGAUUGCCAUCGAGCGCCACCAAUUGAUUGUGCGACCACGCGGCUGGAGACCCAGUGCGUUCCAGGCCUGCCUGGGUGUUGCCCUCAGCUGGGUUCUGGCCCUGCUCACCGCCAUGCCUUUUCUACUCUUCUCAGUUACCACUGAUGGACCCUUGAAGCAGCUGCCUGCCAUUUUGCAUGAGCAAUACCGGGGCAAGGUGGUGUGUAUGGAGCAGUGGCCCUCACGCCAAAUCAAGCUCACCUACACGACUACCAUGUUGCUCCUGCAGUAUGUCGCACCCUUGACCUUCAUCUUCAUUUGCUACCUGAAGAUCUACGUCCGUCUGAGGCAGCGGAAGAGUGUGAUGGAGCGAAUGCGUGAGAACAAGUACCGCAGCCAUGAGACAAAGCGCAUCAGCGUCAUGCUGUUCUGCAUCGUUGUGGCCUUCGCUAUCUGCUGGCUGCCACUCAACGUCUUCAACGCUGUCGUCGACUGGAACCACGAAGCGACCAUGAACUGCACCCAUAAUCCCCUGUUCUUACUGUGCCAUCUGACUGCCAUGUGCUCCAUCUGCAUCAACCCCAUCUUCUACGGCUUCCUGAACCGCAACUUCCAGCAGGACCUCCAGUCCUUCCGGUUCUGCAAGAGGUUGUCGACAAGAGAGGAAGAAUACGACACCGUUGCCAUGUCCACCAUCCAUAGCGACCUGUCCAAGGCGUCUCUGAAACUUAGCAGCGCAGAUAUCUAG